AUGAUUUCUACAACAAUUGCAACAUUUGACGAAACUUCGUGGACAAGAUUGCGAGGAGUUAUCGAAGCGUGCAAAACGCGUAGUAAUCAAGUGGAGCAAUUGAAUGCCUUAUUUGAGGAAGACGCGCCACUCUAUGAGAAUAUUCAAGUGUGCAAUUUGGAAGUCAAAAUUGAGGAAAAGCGUUUGAAUAUUAUAAAAUUGAAGCGCAAACUGGAGAUAUUACAAAAAAUGCUCAAUUCGAAACGACGAAUGCUCUAUGAGGUAGAUGAGAAACUUGAGAAAAAGAAACAAGACCUAGAAAAAAUAAAUAACAAAGCUGACAGUGCUGGUAUCAAAAGUGCAACUCUUCUCGAAGAAAAUGAGCGAAUCAAGAAAGCAUUAUUCGUUCAUUGUCGUUUAUUUGCAGUCAGAAAAGUUAGCCUAAUUCGAGAAGUGUUUGAUAUUUUCAAAAUCGAGAUUGAUGGUGGUCCAGCAUUGCGAAAAGCGCGAGUUGAACGAAAGGAUUGCAGAUGCGUGCUUGUUGAUACGAUUCGAAAUUUGCACUUGCCUCAUUCCAACUGUGUAAUAGGGCACAAUGAACUUGAAACUCAAGCUGCAUUCGGCUGUCUAGUCCAUGCUUUGAUGGUGAUUGCGGAAAUUUUGGAUUAUGAAAUGCGAUAUCCGCUUAUUGCCUCAUCAUCGUACUCAAAAAUAAUUAAUCCAAUAAACGAUAACAUUGUCCUUCCAUUAUACAAUUGGAGAAAGCGUAUCGAUCGCGAUCAAUUCAUCGAAGCCAUGCAAUGCCUCGAAAGAAAUAUUGGACAACUUCGAGUGGACUGCGGGAUUCCAACUCACGUUACUGACAAAACCUUGUCAGUCCUCACCGAAUGGUUUCAUGUAAUCAGCGGGAUGAAGAAGAUGCCUCUAUAUGAUCGACCAGUUGAAAACAUUCAAAGCGUUUCGAGCCUUUUUGUGAAUUCGGAUUUGGAUUUGCCUUUGUCAUUCGAAAAUUAG